AUGAAUAAAGACUAAGAUGAUCAAGAAAGAUAACCUAUACUUAUAGAAAAAUAAUACAAUUAAUAUUUUGAUUGGGAAACAUUCAAAAAAUAAUAUUAUCAAUAAGAAAAUGUAUUAUAAACAUCUUUAAAAUCGUUAAAUGAAUUACAUAGUGAAAUCUCAAGAAAACUAAUUUAAUUAGAGUAUUGAACAUAUCUAUACAAUGAUAGCAAAUCAGAUCCAAUUUGUGAAGAGGAUGAAUAAGACAAUCGAAAAUAAUUUUAAUCUAUUGAUAUAAGAAAGUAUUAAGAUUAAUUUGAUGAUCUAAAUUUGAUAAUGAGCACAAUGUCAAGAAUGCUGAAUGAAUAUACAAUCAGUCCUGAAGAAGUUUAAUCUAAACUUAAGAAUAAUAUGUUAAAGAGAUUCAAAGAAAUACAUUAAGAACAUGAGAAAGAACUUUUUAAAUUAAAAGUACUACUUGAAAGCAUAAAUAGUAAGCAAUGAAAACUAACAUCUAAAAAUAUGAGCUAUUUAAAGAAGCUAUAAAAAAUCCAUCUUUAUCAGGAAAUAACAAAUAUAAAAGAGAUUACCAAAUAAAUGAUUUUCUAUCUAGAGGAGUUAAUUAAGCAUCUCAUGUAUUAGACAUAGCUUCAACAAUUCACUCAAGUCUUUCAGAUCAAAAUUAUAGAGUGUCUUCAAUCUAAAAUAAAGUCACUGAAUAUAUGGGUAUUUCACAUUUCGAUAAUAGGAUAAUUUGAAGGAAUUAAUUAAUUAAUUAAUGGAAUACGUUAUCAUUAAAAUAAAGGUUAAUUUAUAUUGAUGGGCUUAAUUGUCUUAUUAGUUGUGAUAAUUUUAUUUAAAUUUAUUUGA